UUGCUUUUUGAAUCCAUCCGUGGCAUGAAUAGGGGGUAUGCAAAGCUCUGGAGGGUGGGUGAAGCGAGAGAGUUAUUGAAGGCAAACGACAUCGUUUAGGGGUGUUGGAUUGGCGAAGGAAAAUGAAGGCGUUGGGAUGGUGGCUGAUAGCGGUAGGCACGCUUCGAUUGGCUUCCGUAUGGUUCGGUUUCUUCGACAUUUGGGCUCUUCGCCUCGCCGUCUUCUCCAAAACCACAAUGACUGAAGUUCAUGGGCGCACAUUUGGAACUUGGACAUUGUUGACCUGCACCCUUUGCUAUAUCUGUGCAUUCAACCUUGAAAACAAACCUCUCUACCUGGCUACUUUCCUGUCAUUCAUCUAUGCAUUUGGUCAUUUCCUGACCGAAUACCUAAUUUAUCAUACAAUGGAGAUUUCUAAUCUCACUACUGUUGGCAUAUUUGCAGGAACAUCGAUAGUAUGGAUGCUAUUGCAAUGGAAUUCGCAUUCGAAAGUCCACUUGAAGCACUCUUAGCAAGCAAAAGAAGAUGGGGCAAAAGUACAAAAUCAUGGAUGCAGUGCUUCACCAUGUUAGCCUGUUGUUGAAAAUGAUUGAUUUUGAAUAGAUGAGAUCCCUGGUGUUUAGAAUUUUGAAGAUGAAUUGUAGUCCAUAUUAAUUUUCUGUUUACUGCAAGUAUUAAGCUAGUAGUCGUGUUAGUGUCAGAAUUAUUGGGACAAAACGAACCUACCUUUCAUCUAUAGUCCUUACCUUACCAUUAA